AAGCGAAUUAUUAAAGCCUGGUCCAAUCAGUCUUGAUACUUUAUUUCAAAGUCAAGUUGCUACGCCAUCCACUACAGCAUCUAUUUCUCCCUGCAUUGUACCAAGUGAAGAAACACGGGUUCUUCCUGGAAUGCUUACUGAAGAAGAAGUUUUGGAAACUUUGGGAGCGAAACCACCUUCCAAAUCUGAACCAAAAGAGCGAAGUUCUGAAGAUGAGGCUGCUAUGUUUAAAAUAUAUGCAGCUUUGAAGAAGGGUCCUUCAUCUUCAGAUUUAUCAAGUCAGUUAUCACAUAAUCUGUCAACUUCAUCUUCAAAUCAAUCUCUACAACCUCAUAAUCCGGUGGUUACAAGUUCAGGUUUACCUUUUAAUGACCCUUCUAUAAUUAGUACUCAAAAACAUGCCUCAAUAAACAAAACCAAUCAAUCAUCACAAAAGAUUGAUAUUUCUAAUCGACAUAUUGGUAUUUCUGAAUUAGCUCCAAAUGAUUCAGUUAAAAAGAUUAACAUGCUCUUUGGUGGAAAUGUGCCAACUUCUGUAUAUCGUCAGUUGAGUUCAAGGUCAGAUAAUGGUUCCAGAGAAUCAUCAACUGCAUCUUCGCCGGCAUUGAAAUUCAAUCCCAAACCAAACAUUUCCAGUUUUCCACAUUCGCCUCAAUCAUCAGCAAAUAUUCCUGAUCUUCAUUCAUCGGUUUAUAAAUCUCCACCUUCUCGUUCUCCUAUUCUCCCUCAACAAAGCCACAACUCGUCACAAUAUCAUAGUGUAGUUCCACCUUUUUCCAAUGGACCAAACAUUCCUCAACAUACUCAACUUCGACAAGAAUUUCCACCGCCCGUUGGUCGCAAUAUACCUGUGGAACAGUUGUUUGAGGCUCUUUUUGCAAAUAUGCACGGAUAUGCACAAUUUAUUCCAAACCUUGUUAACAAUGCAAUGGCGCCGAAUACUAUACCUGGUAUGCCUAAUAGCACAAAUAUGCAACAACGUGGGAUGAUGACAUUGGAGGAAAUUGAAAGGAGAAGUCUUGGUGGCCGUUAGAUUUCAAAACUUCAUUUAAGGACAUGUAUUACUUUAUUAUUUUUUUUUCCUAUGCGUCCAUAUUAUAUUUUCAUCACACCAUCCUUCUUUUUAUAUCUUUGAGAAAUACA